AUGACAAUGGCAAAUAAUAAAACAAAAUGUUUUAUAUGUAAUAAAGAAAAAAUAACAUAUUCAUGUAGAGGAUGUUCAAAAGAAUUUUGUUUUAAGGAUUUAACAGAACAUAAACAAAUAUUAAAUGAUCAAUUAAAUAAUAUUACUAAGGAUUUUGACCAAUUUAAACAAAUAAUUAAUGAACAAAAAGAAAAUCCACAAAAUCAUUCGUUAAUAGAAAAAAUCAAUCAAUGGGAAAUAGAAUCACUUGAAAAAAUUCAACAAAAAGCACAAAAUUGGAGAGAAAUUGUCCUGGAAUGUUCAACAACACUUAUUAAUGAUAUUGAAAAGAAAUUUAAUGACUUAACGGAACAAAUAAAGCAAAUUCGUAAAGAAAAUGACUUCAAUGAAAUUAAUCUAAAUUAUUUAAGAGAACAAUUAGUAGAAAUUACACAAAAAUUAAAUAAUCCACCAAAUAUAUCUAUUCAACAAAAUUCACAGCCGUUUAUUAAUGAUAUCUCAAUGAUUUUAUCUAAAAGACCAAAAUUCAACAAAUGGAAACAAAAUGCCAUCACCAUAGCUGCUGGAAAUGGACAAGGACAACAAUUAAAUCAACUCAGUCGUCCUGCUGGAAUCUUUAUUGAUAAAAAUAAAAAUAUUUUCAUUGCUGAUUUUUGUAAUCAUCGUAUUGUUGAAUGGAAAUGCAAUGCAAAAAAAGGACAAAUCAUCGCAGGUGGAAUUGGACAAGGAAAUCGAAUGGAUCAAUUGAAUCAUCCAACUGAUGUGAUUGUUGAUCAACAAAAUCAUUCCAUCAUGGUUGCUGAUCAAGGGAACAGACGAGUGAUUCAAUGGUUAAAUCAAAAUCAACAAAUUCUCAUCCGCAAUAUUGACUGUCAUGGCUUGGCAAUGGAUAAACAUGGAUUUCUUUAUGUUUCUGAUUAUGUGAAAAAUGAAGUGAGACGAUGGAAAAUGGGAGAAUAUAACAAUGAAGGAACUAUAGUGGCUGGUGGAAAUAGAAGAGGAGAUCAACCCAAUCAAUUAAAUACUCCUAGUUUUAUCUUUGUUGAUGAAGAUCAAUCUAUUUAUGUAUCAGAUAGGAAGAAUGAUCGUGUGACGAAAUGGAGAAAGGAUGCAAAAGAAGGAAUAGUUGUAGCUGGAGGAAAUGGUCAAGGUGAGAAUCUCAAUCAAUUGUUUUAUCCUCGAGGAGUGAUUGUUGAUGAUUUGGGUCAAAUCUAUGUAGCAGAUCGGAGAAAUCAACGAGUAAUGCGUUGGUGUGAAGGAAAAGAAGAAGGUGAAAUAGUUGUUGGUGGAUUUGGCCAAGAAAAUCAAUUGAAUAGUCCUAAUUGUUUAUCUUUUGAUGCUGAAGGAAAUCUUUAUGUUACUGAUCGUUGGAAUAAUCGAAUUCAAAAAUUUGAAAUAAUAUUGUGA